AUGAAAGAGAAGAAGGCUCGAUUUGAAGAUGCGCUUGCUGCGACGCGCGCCGCUAUUGAGGAGGGGAUUGUCCCCGGCGGUGGCAUCGCACUACUGCGAGCUGCAGCCUCCGUCGGUAAUUUAGGAUUGGAUGGCGACCAAGAGACCGGACUCAAUAUUAUCCGCCGCAGUUUGCUUUCACCUGUCCGUGCUAUUGCCGAGAAUGCUGGGAUGGAAGGUUCAGUAGUCGUUGCCAAAGUCCAAGAAGGUGAAGGUAAUUUCGGCUUCAAUGCCGCUACAACUGAAUACGGCGACAUGCUUGAGGAAGGGAUCCUUGACCCGACGAAGGUUGUCCGUUCCGCGCUACAGAACGCGUCGAGCAUCGCAGGUUUACUCUUAACGACAGAAACUCUCAUUACAGAGAUUGAAGAACCACCGGGUAUGGCUGAGGCAGCGGAUCCGCAUGCUGGCCACCUCCAUUAA